AUGGUUGCUCCACUUUCCCUGAAUCAUUUACCUGAAUUCACAUAUCCCGGAGGCGAGAAUAAAACCAAGACGCUUGUAUCUAUUGCAAAAGACAGUGGUAAAUCGAUUAAUUCUUCUGCAACACACAAUAUAUACAAGCAAAAUCUCCCAAAGAUGAAGGUUUCCCAAAAUCCCCAUCGGAAUCACCACUCAUUUCCCAUAGUGUUAAAGCAAUCUCUAGAUACACUGCUGUACUGGAUACGGACACAAGCAAACGAAGAUGUCGCGAAUAUAAGCUGUGAAUAUCAUUUUAUGGAGGCUUCUGAUUUUAUCCUUGCGACAUCUGCAGGCAACUCCACUAAAUAA